AUGUCCGCCCCCAACCCCGGCCGCCAAUCCCCAGAGCCAGAGACCCAAUCCGGCGCCCAGCAGCAAGACACACCCGGCACAGGCAGAACCUCUGUCGGCACGCACCCUUCGCCCGGGCACUCAGCUCACGAAUCGGAGAAGACCAAGAGCACUCUCGAGAGUAACCCCGCACACCGGCUUGCGGAGAUCGAGGCGGAGAAGUAUGGGAAUGAGAAGAACAAGCAUGAUUGA